AUGUUUCCUACCAACAACACAGAGUUCCACCCUUCCUCUUUCCUUCUGAUGGGGAUCCCAGGGCUGGAAGAUGUGCACAUUUGGAUCAGCUUCCCCUUCUUUGCUGUGUAUCUAAUAGCCAUCCUGGGAAACAUCAUUAUCCUGUUUGUGAUCCAGAUUGAACACAGCCUCCACCAACCCAUGUUUUACUUCUUGGCUAUGUUGGCCUGCACGGACUUGGGCUUAUCGACAGCCACCAUUCCCAAGAUGCUGGGCAUUUUCUGGUUCAAUCUCAAGGAGAUCUUGUUUGGAGCCUGCAUCACACAGAUGUAUGUCAUCCACAUAUGCACUGGCCUGGAGUCUGUGGUGCUGACAGUCAUGGCCAUCGAUCGCUAUAUUGCCAUCUGCAAUCCCCUGAGAUACAGCAUGAUCCUCACCAACAAAGUCAUAGCCAUUCUGGGCGUAGUGAUCAUAGUCAGGACUUUGGCCUUUGUCACUCCAUUUAUAUUUCUUAUCCUGAGAUUGCCUUUCUGUGGUGUCCGAAUUAUCCCUCACACCUAUUGUGAACACAUGGGAUUAGCCAAGUUAGCUUGUGCCAGUAUUAAGGCCAAUGUUAUUUACGGCUUAAUUGCUUUCUCGGUGGGAUACAUUGACCUUUCUGUGAUUGGGUUCUCCUAUGUCCAAAUCCUCCGAGCAGUCUUCCGCCUCCCAUCUUGGGAUGCCCGGCUCAAGGCCCUCAGCACCUGUGGCUCUCACGUCUGUGUCAUGUUGGCCUUCUACCUGCCAGCCCUCUUUUCCUUCAUGACACACCGCUUUGGCCACAACAUCCCCCAUUUCAUCCACAUCCUUUUGGCCAAUCUGUAUGUGGUUGUCCCCCCUGCCCUUAACCCUGUCAUCUAUGGCGUCAGGACAAAACAGAUAAGAGAACGGGUGCUGAGGAUGCUUAACCCUAAAAGUUAUUAA